AUGAGGCUUGACACGGUUUCCUACUUAGACUCACUGCGUGAGGCCACUGAGACUAACAUUACCUCUUCCCGCUACUCAAUCACCGAAGUAUCCAUUUAUACGUGCAAUAUAGCAGAAAAAGAAGCACCGGAAUCAGAAGACUCGUCAGCAAUAUACGAGAAGGCAAAUGCGGAGAAGACUGCGGAGAAGACUACGGAGAAGACUAUGGAGGACACUGCAGAGAAAUCAAGCGGCAACAAGGCCACCAUCGUCAAGAACACGGCUCAGCUCUCUACGAUCCCACGUCAAAUCAUCACUCAGCAAGCGGAGAACACCACUGCAACUUGGCCUAUCAUCUCUGCAUGCCUAGGCAAUAUCACAUUAUGA